AUGAUCUUGUGGAACAAAAAAUUACUAUCAGUUGUUUUCUUAUUAAUAUAUGAUACAACUAAUUGUGUGAAACGAUCGGACCCUAUGAAAGGGAAACCAAAAUCAAACACCAGUCCUCUCCCACAUAAUGUUAUAAAAAAGAAAAUGGAACCUAUACAAAUGUAUUUUUUCGCGAAAAGGACAAAAAAAGAUAUUCAAAGUAAUAAUAAAAAAAAAAGAAAAACAGAUAAUUUUCCCAUAAAUGAUAAUAUAACAAAUUGGAAGAUAAAAAAAAAACGAAAAAAGAAAAAAUUAAAAUAUGAACACGAAAACGAUUAUCAGAAAUUAGACAAUGUAAAAAUAAAUAAAAGAAAUCAUUAUACACACUUUAUUCGUAAUAUUAUAUACAAUGAAACAUUCAAAAAUUAUGUUGAAAAAAAAAAAAGAAUUAGUUAUUAUGAUAUUCCUAAAAACACAAAAUAUAAAAAAUAUGUUUCAUCCAUUUAUAAAAAAAAACAAGGGAAAAAUACUAUAUAUAUGAUUAUUGCUCCAAAGGGAUCUCUGCAUGAAAAAAAAACUAAAGAAAUUUUGGGAGACCCAGUUAAAAACUAUCCAUGGGAAAUUAGUAUUCCAUUUCAUGAAACGAUUACUCGUGAACAAAGUCCAUAUUAUAAUUUUUUGAAAGGUGAAUGGGCUUAUCUAGAUUAUAAAAGAGAUUCAAGAAGAGCUUGUGGAAAAAUAGAAGGAGGAUUAGAAAAUUAUGAUGGAAAAGGUUUGAAAUUAGAAAAAGGAGUUGAUCGUCCAAGAUAUAAAGAAAUACCAUAUUAUUUAGAUCAUGGAGUGGAAUGGAGAAAUUUUAAUCAUGAUGAAUUAAUACAAUUUGAUAUAGAUCCAGAUGGUAAUCAAGAUCAAACCUUUUUAGAAACAGAAGAAGAUUUAGAAUAUAGACAAUGGGGAAAUUGGAACUAUAGUUGUGCUAAGGAAACGACACAGUUAAAUACUGCAUGGAGAGAUCCGGUGCUUUCAAAAGAUUUAUCAAAUUUAAUUUAUCCAUGGAAUCAUAAAGCUCAUGAAAAUCAUAUUAUACCAUAUGGUUAUAGAGGUCCUAGUGGUUUUAUACCUGAACCUAAAUUAGAAUGGGAACUUGCUGCCAGAGGAUUUUUUGCUGGCUAUUUUGACGAUCCUAAUUGGAAUAGAAUUAAAUAUUAUAGAAUUACGAAAAAACUUAUUUUAGAAUGGCACGAAGCUGAUAAAAAUAGUACAAAAAUUGAUAAAAUUAAAUCAGAAUUGUUUGGUAUAACUAGUAGAAAAAAAUAUACUUCAAAUCAAAUCAAACUCAUAAAUGAACAUGCAUUACUUAGAGCUAAAGAAAUUUUGUUAGAUCAUAUUUUAGAUCCUAACAAUGAUCCAGAUUAUAUUACAUAUUAUCUAGAUAAACAUGAACCAAUUGAUUAUAUUGGAGGAGGAAAUCAUAAAUGUUCAGAAGAAGAAAUCAAAAAUAAAACAGUCGUAUUAAAUAUGUGUGUGUAUCCUGUCAAACAACAACAUGAAACAUAUUCUUCUAAUAUGUCAAUACCAGAAAUGGCAGAAAUGUAUCAUUAUUAUAUGACAGAAAUAAGAGGGGAAGGAAGAAUUAAUAACUUAUCUGAAGAUCCUGUUGAAGAUAAAUUCCAAUGUUAUGAAUUACAACAUGAUAGAAAAAAUUUCCCUGCCCUUGUGUCCUUAUAUAAACCAUUAUGGUCUAAUAGAAAAUAUGGUGAAGAAUUUGGUGAUGCCUUAAAAAAAGAAGAAAAAAUCAACAUUAAAAACUUCUAUCACUUCAAACGUAAACUCAAGUUGAGGAAAAAAACAAGAUAUGACAAAAGGGAUACGGAUAUGUAUAACUAUCUAGAAGACUAUGAAAAUUUUGAUGAAGAAUAUGACUUUUAA